GAGCUCAGAGCCUUGAGUUAGACUGCAUGAUUUCAAAUCGCAGCCCCAUCACUCACAAGCCUUGUGGCGUUGGGCAAGUGGCCUAAGCUUCCUUCCACUCCCUACUCCAUAUCUUCCUCAUGAACUUGGGGUGCACUGAAAGACAGGGGACUGGCCAGAUCUGUGGCAGGAAAGGGUUAAGGAGAGCAAAGGGCCUUGUGGCAAUAACACUAGAAGGCUGGAGGAGGUGGCAUAGAACGGGCAUUAGCCCUCUGCGGAAGGAGUUUCUUGGGAAGAUGGUGCUCGAAAAGAAGGACACGUGGAACCAAUGAAGGGAUUGAUUAGUGAAAAAAGGAUGAAGACAAGCAUCACCUCCUUCCCAGCUGUUAUUAGCUCCAGGCUUCAGUCUCUCACCUAAAUGCCAGGAAGGUGUGAUACCAAGGCAGAAGCUUAGAGAGAGAAGACAGUUCUGCUUUCAGAUGGCCUGGAUGACGUAAUCCGUCUGUCCCCAGACCAGAGUGCAGAUCGGGGCAGGCAAAAGCCCUCACCAGAAACUAGAAUGAACCGAAGCAUUCCUGUGGAGGUUGAUGAAUCAGAACCAUACCCAAGUCAGUUACUGAAACCAAUCCCAGACUACUCCCUGGAAGAGGAAUCAGAACCACCUGCUCCAAAUCUGACGAACAUGGCGCCCAACAGCUUGUCUGCGCCCCAAACCCCUCACUGUUCCUCGGGAGAAGUUUCUCAGGCUCAGCCACCCUUGAAACUUUCCAGUCACCUACGGCCUGUGUCGCAGCAGGUCACCUGCCUGCGUGCGAAAAUCUUGGAGGAGAGCGAAGACAGCUUCUGGAGGAGACACCCAGACCCAGGCAAAGAUUUUCCCUCGGGCUCCCCCGCAGCCAGCGAGCAGGAGCUGGAGUCUGUGGUUGGAGGCCUCCCUCUGGAGCAUCAGUUUUCAUUUAUGGAAAAACGAAAUCAAGGGCUAGGAUCUCAGCUUUCAGCAGCUUCUCCUGACACUGGCCAUGACUCAGACAAAUCAGACCAAAGUUUACCUAAUGCCUCAGCAGACUCCCCCAGCCGGAGCCAAGAGACGGUGCAGCAGCCCCAGCCCCACAGGAACCGGGCAGCUCCAGAUCUGCCUACGAUAGACACGGGAUAUGAUUCCCAGCCCCUGGAUGUCCUGGGCCUCAGGCAGCUGGAAAGGCCCCUGCCCCUCACCUCCGUGUGUUACCCCCAGGACCUCCCCAGACCACUCAGCUCCAGAGAGUUCCCUCAGUUUGAACCUCAGAGGAUCCCAGCGUGUGCACAGAGGCUGCCUCCCGUCCUUCCCCCACACACUCAGUGGAACUGUCAUUACCAUUGUCCCGGAGGUCCCUAUCACCAGGUGCCAUGUGGCCACGACCACCCCCGAGCAGCCUACCACCAAGUGGUCCAGCCCAUCCCUGGAGCCAGUGUGAGGGGCCCACGGCCUGUACAGAAGGUCGUCCUGAACUACCCCAGCCCCUGGGACCAAGACCAGAGGCCCGCACAAAGAGACCACUCCUCCCCGGGGCUCCCGAGGGACCAACUAUAUAACCAGCCACCUCAUCAAGCCCGAGUUCCUGAGGAGUCCUUGGAGUGUCCUGCAGAACUGAGACCACUGGGUCCCCAGGCUCCAUCCCCAGCUGCUGUCCCUAGACCCCUUAGUAACUUUCCAGCCAGAGGAACUCUGAAAACAAGCAAUUUGCCAGAAGAGUUACGGAAAGUCUUUAUCACCUAUUCUAUGGACACAGCCAUGGAGGUGGUGAAAUUCGUGAACUUCCUCUUGGUAAAUGGCUUCCAAACUGCAAUUGACAUAUUUGAGGAUAGAAUCCGAGGCAUUGAUAUUAUUAAGUGGAUGGAACGCUACCUUAGAGAUAAGACAGUGAUGAUAAUUGUAGCAAUCAGCCCCAAAUACAAACAGGAUGUGGAAGGUGCCGAGUCGCAGCUGGACGAGGACGAGCACGGCUUACACACUAAGUACAUUCAUCGCAUGAUGCAGAUCGAGUUCAUCAAACAAGGAAGCAUGAAUUUCAGAUUCAUCCCCGUGCUCUUCCCAAAUGCUAAGAAGGAGCACGUGCCCACCUGGCUUCAGAACACUCACGUCUACAGCUGGCCCAAGAAUAAGAAAAACAUCCUGCUGCGGCUGCUCAGGGAAGAGGAGUACAUAGCCCCUCCCCGGGGGCCCCUGCCCACGCUUCAGGUGGUGCCCCUGUGACCCCUCCGUGCCCAGAGCCCUGGGGUUGUGCUGGUGGCGGCGGCGGAGGGGCGGAUCCUGUUCCGACAACACGUCCCCUCGAGGUCCCUCUCAGAGGACCCCUCUCCACCCCCCGAAGACCUGUCCUGCAGACCCCUCUUCCCAUGGAGACCUCCACAGACCCUGCCUUUCAGAAAGAGGCAGUGGCUGCUCUGUAGUCCCUACUUCUGACGCCCCCCACCCCCACCCCCCAGCACGCUGCUCCUAACAGCCUGAUGCGUCCAUUCUGGGCCUCUCCCUACUUAGCCCCUAGGUCAUAUAAAUGACGUUGCCACUGACGACCCCAAACACCCUCCCCUCGCUUAAAGCUACUUUUAUGAGUUAGCCAGAUGCUCGUGGGUCCUCCAAUCAGCCUGGUUCGUGUACAAAUAAUAAAAUGUUUACUCUUUUGUAAGA